AUGGGUGGAGAGUCAGAGCACGGCAGCCCUUGCGGCCUGCAGUGGGAGCUGGUGCAUAGCGACGAUGAGGUCGUCAUGGAACUUGGGCAAGACCUUGCUGAAUCUGCGUGCGACACGGAAGCAUCGGGCGUUGCUUUCGAAAUGCCGCCGUGCCAGAUUGACAUGGAUGGCCAUCCUGGUGUGUCCUUCGAGGAUGGCCUUGACAAUGUCAGCUUGGAGUCCAACGAGUGGGUCCCAGGAAUGAACUGUGGCUCGACCAUAUGUUCGCUGAGCCCUGCUCUCCAGCAGGCACAGGUGCUGAUAGUUAACACGGUUGCAAAUAUCAAGAAGCUUCCGAAGCAGCUGACAAAGGAUAUGCUCUGCGGGUUUACUGACAUCAAGGGCAGCACUGGCAAGUCAUACACAGAAGUGCUGGCAGCUAACCUGCUGGGACUGUCACGGCAAACAGUUUCAAGAUGCUGGAGGGAUGUGGAAGCCAAUGGUUGGACGCCCAUUCAUCGUGAACCAUUACAUCCAGAGCGGAAACUGCAGCCAAGCAAGCCAUCGCACACGGUGGAUACGGAGGAAUCCCGGUGGCAGCCAAGCAGGCCAUCGCACGCUGUGGAUACGGAGGAAUCCCGGUGGAGGAAGAGCGCCACGGUUUGCGUCCGAACUGCCAUCGGCUGUGCUGUGGAAGGGCAGUCGAGAACAUCCUUCGAGCGUGAAGUGGCACGGCUCCGGCUUUGUGGCGUGGAUGUGGACGGCGCGAUGUGCCACUCACGCAAGUUCUGCGUGGAGGUAGAAUACUUGACAAAUCAGGUUUUGCAUAUGAUGAACGCCAACGAUUGGUGCUCUGUUCUCGGAGGCUUGGGAAUUGAAUCUGAUUUCGCUGUCAUGGCCGACCCAGUUUCAUUAGGAAAGUGCAGUGCCUUUCCCCGCAACGAAACAGUCCUAGUCGCCAAUCUGACCAUCGUCAGCGCAGAGGAUGGCUCUCUUGUAACCCCGAUGCUGGACUACCGAACGCUCGGAAUUGGAUGCCACAGCGGCUCUGAGACGACACGACAGCUUCUGGAGAUGCUAUCGCAACAUCCCAGUAUGCUGGAUCUGCCCAUCUUGAAGGCUCGAUUGGCCAUGAUUGAUGGUGACGGGCAAAUAGUGAAAGGGGGUGCGCAAGCCCGACAUUCCAGUGGCGGUGCCGCCGAGUUGCUCUGGCAGCGCGUGCAUCCAGAGGCUGAGCCCGACUCUUUGGUCGUGUGCACACGUUGGGACGACUUUCACAGGAGAGUGGGAGCCACCGGAGCCAGUUUGAGGGGCCCCGGAGGGACCCGGAAGGUCGUGUACCUGAGCGGAGCUCCAGGUGGUUUGAUUUCGAACUACCAGAUUGUUCUUCUAUGUCUUCAUGGUAAAGUCGCAUGGAAGAAAGAGGGCAAAGGCAAUGUUUCGCUGACCAGCCUCUUUGAAGUCGGCCGGCGUCUUCAAGAGCCCUCCUUCGUGUUCUUUUUGGUCGGGUUCGACGUGGCACUGCUGAAGAUUGUCCGGCCCUUCGCACUGAUCGUCCAGAAAGCGGAAGAGGCAUCUGUGGUAGAGAAAGCCAGACGUAAUAUGGAAGCUGCUCUGGAGACAAUGCAGGAAUCUUUUGCCAAAGUCAAAAUCAUGCUUGGCGCAGUGGCCUGCUGCAGACAAUAUGUGUCCUCUAAAGAGUUGGCGCGCUUGAUGUCUGCGUGUCGAUAUACAUCGUGGGGCAAACCGGUCAGAUCCUUUAUCUUGCAUGCCAGCAAGGUGCUGUUCAACAUUCCUCCAGAAUUUCAGGGUUGCAAACUGCAAUUGAACGCGCAGCUUGCCCCUGGCAUGAUGAGCUUGGGAGGUCAUUGUCAGUGCUUGGCCGCGGAAGAACACUGCCGAAGGGCCAGGCGGCGAGCAGUGCCGGAGAUCAGAAGAGUCAAGACCAAGAUCUAUGUUUUUCGGCGGGGCCGUCGCGUGCAGAAGACAGUGAGUGUGCCAUUGUGGACCAUGCUUGAAAUCCAGAAGGAUGCCAGUUUCUUUUGCCCAAGGCAGCAGCUACGCGACACCACAAAGAACUCCGUGCUUGGGAUGGACUACUCAGACAUGUUUCGACCACGCCUCCCGCGAGCUAACUGGCUUGGGAGCCGGUGCCAGGUGCCGAACGGGGUGUUCCAAGCUCAUGCUGCAUGUGUACAGGCGAUUGAGGCACUCAUGGAAUUCUUGAAGUACGCGAAAGAAGAGGUGGAUGACAUCUUCUCGGAUGUUGGGAUGAAUUCCGACAUGCUUUCCCUACUGCGUGCUGGGGAGGUGGCUUUUGAUUGGACGAGCUUAUUGGCUCAACCGCCCACCCGAGCAUGCCUAACAGCAUUUGGCCGACUCGUGGAGAUGUUCAAGCCUUAUCUUGCCAAGGGUCGAUGGCCCCACGGCGAUGCUUUCCAGAAGGUGCCCCAGACAUGGUCCUUGCAGAAGCGGGAGUUCACGCAGCAAUACGAGCUGCUGGUGUCCAGAGUCCGUCAAUGCUAUGAGGACACUUUGGAGAUGAACGGAAACAGUGGCGUGCCAGCGCAAACCUUGCGCAAAGCAAUGAGCUGGUCCUCCAUUUCUGGUUACAUGGUCAGUCCAGUGAACAGUUUCCCUGGACUUCGUUGGACUUUGGGCAAAGCUCUCCGUCUGCCUGGCAACAGCCCAGCAAUGGCUUAUGUUGCCUGCACAGUCUCGCAAUUCUUGGGAUCUUGGAAUGGGCAGAUUCAGGUUCAGAUUCAUGUCGAGUGGGCGUCCUUCAGGUCGACCCGUCAUGCAUCGCGGCAUCUUUGGAUACAGACCCAUGGUUCAGCCUCGGAGACUCGCAUUCGCCCCACUCCUGGCACGCUUGCAGAGUCCACCAUCGUUGGCGUCUUUUUUCAGCUCCAGAAGCUGCUGUGGAAAGGGCGCAUGUCUCAGUCACAGGGCACAGCAGAGAUGAGCUUCUCGUUCGUUCAAGCACUGCAUGCGCGCAUUGAGAACUCGGGUCGCUGGCACAGCAGUUUCUUCGAUGGAUGCCAGGGCCAUGACGCCUUAUCCCUGAUCGAGCCUGACAGUGUCUUACAGCGGGCAAAGUCCGGCCAAGCCGUGCGACAGUUGGCCAAGGACGCUCUAGCAAGUGGGCUUCCUUCCAAUGUGCCUCAGACUAUCCAUGAUUCCUGGGUGAAGGUUUUGGCCUCCGGAGUUGUGGCAGCAUUACCGAUGGGUGUGUCAGUUCAGCGAAAGAGUGCUGGCAAAGCAGCUCCAUCGACAAUCCAGGCGAGAUUGGAUGAUUGGCUGGUCAGUGAAGAAGGCAAGAAAUGGCAGGUCCAGCGUCAACGCCUCUGGGCUCCUGGAAGCAAUGUGAAGACCGGGGAAGGGGAACUGUUGGACCGUCCGGAGGCAGAGUUGGCGGACAUCGGAACGGCAGAGGUUGCACAGGAGCACCCUCUACAAGGCGGCUGA